UGCAGCACUCUAUCUCACCACUGCCGGCUACAGAAGACCUCAAGGGUGGCAGCGGAGAGGCCAGCUGCAGGAUCCCACCACCCAACCCACUCGAGAUGCUUGGGCAGAAGUCAAGCUACGUUUGGAGCCAAACCUCGAAGACCUUGGUCCAUCCUCGCCAUCGCCAUCUUCUGCAAAGAAGGAUAUUUCAGCCACGACAGAUAACAAGGAUAGCCGACGAAUCUCCCACAGAGCAAACGGAUACUCCUCAAGCCUGCCUCCCGCGGAUAAUCACGAGCUCUCGAUCUCCCUCGACUUCCUCCACAACGCAAACGAGGACGAUCACCUCUACGCUCACGGAUCGGACCAUCCUGGUGGACACACAGAAGCUCGCAAUAGUCGAUCUUACGCCCGCGUACCAUUUGGCGGUCACAGCGCGUCUUUACGCACUCCCAACUCCUCCAGCUGUCUCGGAGAGGAUCCAUCGAGGACAGAAAGAGAGAAGGGUUGGCCAAGUCCAUCGCGAAGCGUCUCCCUACAAGGGGCAAGGCAGCCGCUCCUCACUCGCCAGCUGUCUCACAACACUACUAGCCACAUCAGCGAACACGGCACACCGCCCUUUCCACCUCCCUUUUCUCCCUUCGUCGCUGGCCCGCAGAGUCCCUUUGCACCCCAUUCGCCUGCCACGGGCGGUCAGCUUUGGUCCGAUUCCACCGCGCAGAGACCCAGCUGGUAUAGAACAACAUCGAGGCUCGUGGACGAAUCGGACCCAGUCGUUUACUCAAGCUCAAGCAGGAGCAAUCGGGAACCCUCACUGAACAGGAGUCUCAGCAGAGGACACGAGUCGAUCUACCCUUCUUCGCCCAACUCGGCAGCCUUGGCUAGCAGCUUCCGCUCCACCGACCACUUCCAAAACGGAGCAGCCUUGAACGGGACUUCCUUCUCGUCUGAAGC